AUGCACACAACACCAUCAAUACAUCCCACCACCACAUCCACCGCUUCAACCACCGCACCCCCCCACCACCACUACCAACCCUUAAACAUCCCUUACCACCACCAAUACCACCCUCACCACCACCCUUCUCAUCAAUACUCCGAUUAUGGCUCUGUUCCUCAGCUUCAACACAUGCCUUUACCCCCAAUUCAAUACCCCUCUUACCCUCAACCCCAUUACUCUGAUCGCCCGUCUUCGAAACGUCCCCGAGAACCCGUUUCGGAUUCGGCUGAGGUUCCUUCCACGAAACGCCAAGCUUUGGGGAAUGAUAUUUUGUUUAGGGUUAUUGUUCCUUCUGGUCAAAUUGGGAAGGUUAUUGGGAAAGGUGGUCAUAGGGUUCAGAAGAUUAGGGAUGAUACUAAGGCUACUAUCAAAAUUGCUGAUCCUAUUGCUGAAGAUGAGUCUAGUAUGCAGUUGUCGGUAAAUGACAGCCUUUUGUUGUUAUUCCUUGGCAUCAAAAUGGCGAUACGGGAACGUGUUAUAAUUGUUAGUUCUAGAGAGAAUGAAGCUGGUGGUAUCAGUGAUGCGGAGAAGGCUUUGCUUCAGAUUGCUUCUCUCGUCCUUGCGGAUGAUGGAAGCAGUGCACCUGCACUAAGCAUUGCUGCUGCAACUGAUCCUUAUGCUGCUGCUGCUGCUGGCAUCAGCGGAGGACAUGCAACUACGAAUUCAGUAAAGCUAUUAAUAGCUGGUUCACAAGCUGGUGGCUUAAUAGGAGUGUCAGGUCAGAACAUUGAAAAGCUUAGAAACUCUUCUGGUGCCAUAAUUGCUGUUCUGGCGCCAAAUCAAUUGCCUCUGUGUACAUCUGCUCAUGAAUCUGAUCGCUUGGUCCAGAUAUCAGGUGAAGUUUCUGCUGUAAUGAAAGCCGUGGAGGAGAUUGGUGUUGAACUUAGGCAAAACCCACCCAAGCAAGUAAUUUCAAUCAGCCCAACAUACAACUUGAGCAUUGCUCGAGCAGCUCAGAAUUAUAUGGACCCAAAUGCUGCUGAAUAUGUGACAUUGGAUAUGGUGAUCUCGGAAACAAUGGUGGGUGGCUUGAUUGGCAGAGCUGGUUCCAACAUAUCAAGGAUUAGAACUGAAUCUGGUGCAAUGAUUAAGGUAUUUGGGGGAAAAGGUGAGCAGAAACAUAGGCAGCUCCAGCUUAUUGGCUCAGCUCAGCAGGUAGCCUUGGCGAAACAGAGAGUUGAUGAAUACAUAUAUUCUCAGUUGACACAACAAGCUGGUGCUGAGCAGUCAGUAUUGCCACAGUGAAAGAGAUAAAGUUUGCCGCAUGCGUACUCUUGCGCUUCUUGUCAAUGUAUCUAUUGGUUUAAAUAUGACCUACAACUUUUACUUUGAAGAGCAAACAAACCGGAUCACAUUCAAGCCAUGCAUAAACUUCUAUCGUUGACAUUUCCCUGGUUUAGAUCUGUACUUUUGAGUUAGGUCUUUACUUUCGAUGAUAAACGCCAGGAGACUCCUCAGACUAGCAUAGUUGACAUUUUGAUUGUUACAUGAACAUUUAUCUUGUAUUAGACCUGGUGUAGUGGUGUGUGGAGACCCAUUCUUUUGGAUACAGUAUUGUAUAACAUACUCUCAGUUUUGACUAAGAAAGUUUCUAUGUGUAAAUCCGUGAGCAGAUUUUAGUUUAUUAA